AUGUUUGACUCGCCGGAAUCGUUCUACAGCGACGGGAAGCUUGUUCUCUCCGGCGGAAGAGAAGUACCUUUCCACCGUUGCGUUUUAUCAGCGAGAAGUCCUUUCUUCAGACGCGCGUUAGCCACCGCCGAGAAAGAGAAGAGUUCCGAUUCAACCGCCGUGAAGCUCGAGCUGAAAGAGAUUGCGAAGGAUUACGAAGUCGGAUUCGAUUCGGUGGUUGCUGUUUUGGCUUACGUUUAUAGCGGAAGAGUGAGACCACCGCCGAAAGGAGUUUCCGAUUGUGCAGACGAGAAUUGCCGCCACACGGCUUGCCGUCCGGCGGUGGAUUUCAUGGUGGAGGUUCUCUAUUUGGCUUUCGUCUUCGAGAUUCCAGAACUAGUCACACUGUAUCAGAGGCAUUUACUAGAUGUUGUUGACAAAGUUGUGAUAGAGGACACAUUGGUGAUACUCAAGCUUGCUAAUAUCUGUGUUAAAUCAUGCAAGAAGCUAUUUGAUAGAUGCAGAGAGAUUAUUGUCAAGUCUGAUGUUGAUUUAGUGACUCUUGAGAAGUCCUUGCCGGAACACAUUGUCAAAGAAAUAAUCAAUAUCCGUAAAGAGCUCGGUUUGCAGACGCCUGAAGUAGACAAAAAUGUUUCGAAAAUACUCAAGGCGCUUGACUCAGACGAUCUUGAGCUACUUAAUCUGCUUUUGAUAGAAGGACACACCAAUCUGGAUGAUGCGUGUGCUCUUCACUUUGCUGUUGCGUAUUGCGAUGUGAGUACCGCAAGGAAGCUGAUAGACCUGGAGCUUGCCGAUAUUAACCGUAGAAAUGCAAGGGGAUACACAGUGCUUCAUGUUGCUGCGAUGCGGAAGGAUCCUGAUCUGAUAUUAUCUCUAUUGAAAAAAGGGGCAAAUGCUUCAGAAACAUCUUCGGAAGGUAGAACCGCUCUCUUGAUCGCGAAACAAGUCACUAUGGCGGCUGAGUAUAAUUAUGUUCCGGAGCGAUGCGAGCUUGCUUUCAAAGGCCGACUAUGCGUAGAGUUGCUAGAGAAAGCAGACAAACGCAAUCCAUUUCCUGGAGAUGUUUCUUCCUCUCUUGCACUGGCUGCUGAUGAAUUGGAGAGGAGGCUACUCGAUCUUGAAGACAGAGUUGCUCUGGCUCAACGUCUCUUUCCACUGGAAGCACGAGCUGCAAUGGCUAACGCCCAAAUGAAGGGAACAAGUGACUUGACUAGCAUCGAGCCUGACCGUCUCACUGGUGCAAAGAGAACAUCACCAGACCUAAAGAAAUCGCCUCUCAAAAUCAUAGAAGAGCAACAGAGUAGACUAAAAGCGCUUUCCAAAACCGUGGAACUCGGGAGACACUUCUUCCCACGCUGUUCAGCAGUGCUCGAUCAGAUUAUGGACUGUGAGGCCUUGACUGAACUGGCUUGCGGAGAAGAAGACACUCCUGAGAAACGACUUCAAAAGAAGCAAAGGUACAUGGAAAUACAGGAGACAGUGAAAAAGGCCUUUAGUGAGGACAAGAAGUUUGGAAACUCGUCACUCACGGCUUCGUCUUCUUCCACAUCGAAACCAACCGCCAGAAAGAGAUCAAAUGGUAAACUCUCUCUUCGGCGUAGGUGA